GUCGUGAAAACGAGGCGAGUAGUGUCUGAAUGAAAACUUCAGGAAAAUUGUUGGGGAGAACUGUGUUUGUUUGUACUUGUUCGAUCUAUGUUAGAAGUACAAGGGCAUUUUCUUAAGACAUGACAGAGGGUGACUGAGGAAAGGUUAGAAGGGUUUGGUCAGUCCAUUGCCUUGUGUGUCGUGUGGAUCAGUUGCUAUGUCCCGUCAUGGUCUCUGUCUGUCAAAAAACACCCGAGUUGCUCCUGUAUACCAGGAGGAGAUGUUGGAAGAGGAGGAGGAGGGGGGAAGUCAGCAUGAAGCAUUACAAACAGGGGUGAUUAGAAAGCCUCUCUUUGAAGUAGCCGUAAUAGCUAGUGAACAUUUGCAAAAAAUGGCUGCUGGGCCAUUUGACCGCACCAGCCCAGUGCAGCCCGAGGGCUCGACAACUAAAAUGCAUGCUGCUGCAGUGAAUGGGGACAAGGCUACCCUAGCAAGAUUACUGACUUCCAAUGCAAAGGAUAUAGACACAGGAGAUCAGUUUGGCCGUACUCCUCUAAUGUUCUGUGUGCUGGCAGAUAGACUAGACUGUGCGGAGUUAUUGUUAAAAGCUGGAGCACACCUGGACAAGAAGGACAAGGGAGGGAGAUCAGCCUUACACUGGGCAGCUCAUAAGGGCAACUUCCGAUGCAUGAAGCUGCUGUUAUCCAAAAAUGCCAACUGGAAGGAAAAGGACAAUGAAGGUCAAACUGCCCUUCACCUGUGCACCCGACACAAGUCUCCAAAAUGUUUGGCUCUGCUCUUGAAGCAAGUGGCACCUGGAGAGGUAGAUGACCAGGACAAAAAUAAGAGGACAGCUCUUCACUGGAGUGCAUCUUAUGGAAAUCUAGAGCACAUCAAGAUGCUUAUAAAGCAGGAUGCAAACAUUGGUAUUCCUGACGUUGAAGGCAAGACACCCCUCCACUGGGCGGCUAGCAGUAGAGAUGCUGAAGCCGUCAGCUGUGUAAACUUACUCUUAGACAUGGCAGGGAGUGUCAUCAACUGGCAGGAUUAUGAGGGAAGAACAGCACUACAUUUGGCAGUGGCAGAUGGAAACUAUGCUGUGGUUGAUGCUUUGAUCUCCCUUGAGAAGUGCAAUGUUUCUGCCUUAGACAACAUGUUCAGGACGCCUCUGCAUUGGGCAGCAGUAUUAGGUCAUUCAAAAAUUGUGGAGCUUCUUCUGUCAAAGAAGGCUGAUUAUGCCAGUUCAGAUUCUAAUGGCGCCACUCCUCUCCACUAUGCAGCACAAAACAACUUUGCGGAUACAGUGGAAGUGUUCCUGCGUCACAAGGGUGUGACUGAUGAGCCUGAUGUCGAAAGAAGAACAGCUUUCAUGUGGGCCUCUGGAAAGGGAGCAGAUGAUGUGAUCAAGGUCUUUAUCAAGUAUGGGGCUGACCUACAACAGGUGGAUAAAAAUGGAGGAACUGCAAUGCACGCUGCUGCUCUAUCAGGCCAUGUGACCACAGUGAAUCUGUUGCUGGAGUACAAAGCCCCCAUAGAUGCAGAGGACUUGGUGAAGCACACCCCGUUAUUUCGUGCAUGCGAGAUGGGACACACAGAUGUGGUCCAAACACUGAUUGACUAUGGUGCCAAAGUAGAAAUUUAUGAUCAGGAUGGGAGAUCUCCAUUGCACUGGGCUGCUCUUGGUGGUCAUGCCUACAUCUGUCAGACUGUGAUCAAGUAUGGCAUUGAUCCCAACAUCAGAGAUCACUCUGGGCGUACACCCUUGCAGUGUGCUGCCUAUGGUGGUUAUGUGAACUGUAUGUCUGUGUUAAUAGAAAACCAGGCAGAUCCUAACGCACAAGACAAUGAGGGUAUGACAGCUCUACACUGGGCUUGUAGUAAAGGACAUCUAGACGCUGUUAAACUGCUACUAGAAUUCCAUGCCUUCCCAAAUCACAUGGAAUUUACUGAGGACAGGUACACUCCUCUGGACUAUGCGUUGAUGGGAGAGCAUCGUGAGGUGUCCCAGUUUAUGAUUGAACAAGGAGCAUUGUCUAUCAACGGAAUACAAGAACUAGCUGCUUGUAAAAUACAGUCCAAUUUUCGAGGGUAUAGAGUCCGCAAAACUUUCCUGGAGAGGAAGAAGUUGUUAAUGAAACAUGAACAGUUGAGGAAGGAUGCUGCCAAAAAACGUGCUGAAGAAGAAUAUCGAAGAAAAGAAGACAUAAGAAACAAGAGAGAAGUAGAAGAAAGGAGGAAAACUGAAUUAGGGGAAGGACACAGUAAAUCAUCAAGAAGGAAAAGAGAGCCUCAGUUAUCAGAGGAGGAGAGAAUUUUAUUACUAAAUAAACAAAACAGACAGAUUGUCUCUAAAGAAAGAGAUAGACUUUCAGAAUUCAGAAGGAAAGAACAUGCUGCUAGAGUAAUUCAGAGAGCUUGGAAACAUUAUGUGUUUCGCUUCAAAGGAGUCAUGAAGAGUGCUGCAGAUGCCAUUAAGUCUAAGAGGUUAAAAGCUGGUGAAGAGGAGUGGAAGCGACAAAUUGCAGCUCUCACAAUUCAGUUAGCAUGGAGAAAAUUUUACAGAAAGAAGUUACUGACAUCCUUGACCGGCAAGAGCAAACGUGUGCUGCAUAUGUGGGAUCCAGAAGUGGUAGCAGCUAAACAGCGGAUGUUGAUGGAACAAAUUUACACUGAGCAUAUAGAGGCUGUUCAGUGGUUUCCAAGGUUGGAGGCACCUGUCAGACCUCUUUGGUUCAAGUAUAUGCCAUCAGCAGCAGCUCUGUCCUUCAAUUUUGCUGUGGAUCAGUAUGACCCAGAGCUGCUGGAGAGAUCUAAGACCCAGAUGGAGUUUGAAGAUGACUUGCCUUUUGGCUUACAAGAGGACUUUCGGAAUAUUCAUUUAUCUGGAAACCCACAGCACUUCUCCUACAACAUGUAUGAAGUAUGAUGAACAGGUUUUCUAAUGGUUUAUUAACAAAAGCAAGUGAGGACAGGCACUUUUAACUCCAGGGCGCCAUGUUUUUUAGCUGUUGCUAUCCUUACAGAACCUGGACAUAAAAGCACUCCAGUGGCUUCAGUUGAUUGUUGUCGACAGCCACACACUGCAAAUUAAUGUUCAUGAAAUUCCUCUUGGAACAGCAAUCACAGAAAAAAAUUGACAGUUGCCAACUGCAUUUCUUCAUGUGUGUUGCUGCUGAGUAAUAUACAUUUGAAGGUUGAAUAAGACACAAUGUUCAACCUCUGUAUGCAUUGUCUCAAAAAUACUGCUGAGUCACGAUGGAGAUUAUGCAGGUUAUAUCUAUAUUAUUAUAUACAUUGACAAUUAUAAGGUGUAUAAUAGUCCAAUUAAUUUCUUUGAUGACCUACUGUUGGCUCAUUAUGGAGGCUGAGAUGAAAUGCUGGCAAAUGGUCUUGUCUAAGAACACUGCUGGAUCAUUACAAACCUCAUUAUUUUAGCAUUAGAGAAUGUCUAAAAGUAUGUGAAUGUGUUGAAAGUGCAUCUAUGCAUCAGUGACAAAUCCUGAAACCAUGCAGGAAAAGUGCCAUUGUACACUUUCAAGAUCCUAUUAAUUGUGGUAAAUACAUGCUCAGCUAAAUGUGAGAAAAAAGAUGAAGUGCUUCAAAAGGAGAUUAAUAAAGUGCUUCAAAAGGUGAGAAAUUUUACGUCAGAUUUUUUUAAAUGUGUAUUCAGAUAUACUGUAUAUUUUAAAA